AUGGAACCUGGUGCUGCAAUUGUAAUGGAUAAUGCACGACGAUUAGGGAAGUUGCCAAGAUCAGCAUGGAGAAAAGCGGAAAUUAUAGACUGGUUAAAAUCGAAAAAGAUCGAAUGCAAAACAAUACUUAAACCCGAAUUACUGAAAAUCACGGAGAGAGAAAAAGGUCAAUAUAUUAAGUAUGGAGUGGAUGAAAUGGCUUCAGCUCAUGAGAUUACAGUACUUCGCUUGCCACCCUACUACUGUGAACUAAAUCCCAUUGAAUGUAAAAUUACGCAUGAAGAGAUUAAUCUGGUUACAGCAGAAACAUGGAGGAAAUGCAUAGUUGAUGUAUUGGUUGACCAACUGAUAAUAUCCCUUGGAGAUGACAGCAGCUCUAGUAAUGAAGACGACAGUUCUGGUGAUGACAGUGAUAGUAAUAGAGCUAGUGACCAGUAA